AUGACAGCGUUUCACGAAGAUGACGGAGUUUUCACCUUUUCUCUCAUGGCGUAUAGCGACGAAGCACAUACUACGCCGGUUUCCAACCCUGUUGCUCUGGAUGUAGAGAUUUUCUUCAAAGCUUACUUCGAGACUCAAAGCAGCGCCCCCAACCUUGACUUGUACCCUGUGCGAUGCUAUUCAUCAGAAAGCAAUGAUCCAGAUGAUACUGGUGCUAACUUUACUCUUAUAAGCAACGGUUGUGGCAGCGAUUCUGUCAGUCAAGACCUCGACGACACAUUGUCAUACAAUUGUACCGUCGACAGCAAAUAUGAAACAUUCUCACUCAAAACUUAUCGGUAUUUUGGGGCAGAAGCAGGAGACGAAGUUUACAUCCACUGCGAUUUCAGAAUUUGCUUGGCAGAUGUAGACAAUACCAAAUGUGAAUGUCCAGAUGAUGCUGCCGCUUGCGUAGGUGAUCCUUCCGUUGAUGUUGCACCGGUGGGGCGUAGACGUCGUUCAAUCUCUGAUUCGGUGGAUGAGUCACAGCUUUAUCGUGUUGUCUACGGUCCAUUCACCUUUCAGCAGGAAGAACUGAACAAAGAUGAAGUUGCACCUAAAGACCAGGCAGAGAGCUUAUUCAAUUACGGGAUCCUACGGAUUUUACCAUUUUGUUUUGAAAUUGUCUCCACAGAAAAUAAUGCCGGAACUAAAUGGCUUCAACGUUUUGCUUUUUCAGCGCGAUAA